AUGACCAACGAGCGGCACGAAGAAUGUAUGUUAAAUCCUUACACAACAAAAGGAAUUAGCAGCAAUCUGCAAAUAACAAGUGAAGCCGCCAUAACCAAAUUGCCAACGGAAGCAACCAGGAUACCAGUUUCUAAGAAACAGCAGGCAUCAUAUCAGAUGCCUCCUUUGAUAUAUCACGACUUGAAAAAUGUUUCGAACGUUGACGAGGACAAUGAUUUGCAAAUAAGUGCAAUGAAAAGACGCGUUGAAAGUUCAUCCGAUGAUAAUGAUUAUUCAGAGUCAAGUGGAGAGCUGCUUAUCGAGAGGAGACAAUCAGGAAAUGCGGACAAAAAAGGGCAAGAAAAUUAUCGUUACAUGAAUAAUGAACUGACUAUGAACAAUGAAAUAAAAAAGAGAGAGCACAGUAAUCAGGAGCACGUAACGGAAAACUCCAAAGUUUCACACAAUCGUCACUAUAGUAAUGGUUCAACGAUUAAGAAAAAGCAAAGCAAUUCUGAUUCCUUGAACGAAGUCAAAAGGGCUGAAACGCCAGAUGCCACCAAUCGUGAACAGCAACCAGCAGCGGGUUCACAUCCAGUCGUAAGAGUACGAACAAUUGGAGACCUUCAACCUAUAUCAUCUAAAGUUAUUAAAGAGAUCGCUGAAAAAGUCAAAGAAAUAGUACUAAAAGAUAUAGAGAAGGGUGUUACUAUAAGGACUGUUGGUACUGCCACGACCGUACGGACCUCUAUAACUGAAGUGUCUAUUCAGACGUCUCCUACAACAACCACUACACCGUUCCCGCAAGUCACCACAACGGAAAAAUCAUCGACAACGAAAAACUCUGAGGUGAAUCCGGUCAUGCUGCAGCUGAUUGAAAUAUUUAAAGAAUUAAAAAAUUUAAAGGAACCUACCACUGCGCCUACGACAAAGGCGAUGCAAGAUACCACUGUGAGUGCAGUAUCAGCGUCACCAACGCCUAUACUACAGAAAGUGCCAACACUCACAGCCACACAAAAAUAUCCCCAACAAAAAUAUGCGCCAAUAUACAACCCGUACUCAAUAAACAGUUCCCCUAUUCAUGAGCAAAUGAUAAACAACGCGCCAUACGCCGCCUUACCAUACAUAACACAUUUAUACAACCGGCCCAUCACUUUACAAACCAACGAUGACCAGAUAGCUCCUCUAGCGAUACAAAUAUCCAAACCUUUAAAGGUCAUGAACCAACACGUCGUCAUCACUACACAAGACCCCUACAUUAAAAUGAAACAAGAAUUAGAACGACAGAGUAAGAAACGCGUCGAGGAUAACUUUCGGAUCCCUCAUUCGGACAAUAACAACAGAUACGGUGACAGAAUUACUUAUAGAAACAGAUUUACUAAGGACAGAGAUAAACCGCGGUAUUAUCGGGAACACAAAGAAAAGGUUCAUCAUCCUGUGGACUCGGGAUUCUCGGGCAGUUUGAGUCACUACUCUGAGAAUGUACCGUACACCGGGAGAUUAAAUCGACAUGAGUAUAGUCAGGCUCUAAGCCAACAAAGCGACGUGGGUAGCAUGGAUAUAAGAAAUCCAAGAGCUCGCGGUUAUUCCAAAUAUGAUAAAUACGAACCCCAAAAGUUCCAUUAUAACUCAGAAAGGUUUGAAAACUGGCCACGAAAUAAUUGGAAAGAAAUGAAAUCAUUGUCAGCUGAAAACAGUUGCGAACAAAUACCCGCUAGGCAUCAGGUGCCCAUUGUAAAGGUGAAGGAGCGGACGAGGUAUGACGACACACACUUCAACAACUUUCUAAAGUCCCAACAAAAGGUGACCGACAUUUUGGAGAAGAUGUUGGCGAAUAAUAUUAAGAAUUCCGCCGGACCGCAGAGCGUUGAGACACCGUAG